UUUUGCUUAAAGAGCAAGAGCAAGCUGUUCAAGGUUGAUUUUGCAAUGCUUUUCUAAUUCUGCUUAAAUUAAUUACUAAAAUUACUGUAUCUUUGACAGAAGAAAAUUAAGUGAUUGAUCGCAGUGAAUUGUGUUUAUGUUGAGUCUGAGUGGAAAAUCUUCCAUUUAAAGGAUAAAUGAUACUUUCAAAUGCCGUAAAUUAAAUGGACAGUUCCAAACGUCAGCACAAACUGUCGAAAUCCUCCAAAAAGAUCAAAAAGGUAGACUCUAAAGAGUCGUCUUCGAACCUAGAAUUGAAGUCCAGAUUCGAGCGUUUACUGAAAGAAGAAUCCAAGUUAGAUAAAGAAAUAGCGGAACUAGAAAGCCAUGGUGUUACGACCGACCUCCACCCGCAGAUGGACGCUCUGCACGAGUACAACGAAAUGAAGGAUCUGGCUCAGGUGAUUCUGGGAUACUUGGCCGAUGCUGAACAUGUCACUGUAUCAGAGCUGCACAAGAGGUUCGAUCUGCCGUUGGAUUAAUUGAAUAUCUGCUGGAUUAGUAAGCCCAGCCGUUAUUCUGGAACAAUCCACGCUCAUCUCUAGCUAUCAGCUCGUCACGCCUACUUGAGGUUUAUAUAGGAACGAAUAAACUACAUUUUCAUAUAAACGAUGUCCGAUACUUCGGAGGAUACCAUACAAUCAGACAGAACAAGUGAAAAAGAAGAAAGCGUUUGUAGAGAUUUUGCCCGCGGUUUGUGCGAUAGAAAAUUUUGUAAAUACAAGCACGAGAACGAAACCAAGCUGUUGAAUUUUUGCCACGAUUUUCAGAACUAUAUCUGCCCCAGACCAUUUUGCAAAUUUAUCCACUGUUCUACCGACGAAGUGGACCAGUACAAACGCACCGGUCAAAUGUCAGCCCAAAUCUUAGCCGAAGCCACCAGGAAGAAUCAGAUGCCUGGUAGUCCCCCGGUUUGUAAUCAGUUCAAAAGGGGCCAGUGUCGCAGGCCGCACUGUAAAUACCGUCAUAUCACCAAGGAUCAAGAAGAAGCCGAAAUCGCUGGAUUAGUAAACGGCGAGCAGAAAAAAGUACAAUCUAUUGUUAUUACCAAUAACAUGUCCGAACCCCAAUUGGUCACAUUAGAAUCACUACGAGGAGUGUUUAGAAGAAAUGGAGUUACUUUCGAUGACUACAAAGACGAAGGUCUGCCAGUAGUAAAAAGACGAUUCAUAACUACUCAGGAACCGGAAAUUUUAGCAUGUGAUAUCGUGGAAACUGGGACGGCGAGACCUCUUUUCAAAGGAUACUUCGCGGGGAAUCCCCCACCACCUAUGUUGACCAGAGCUGACGCGAGGACUCUAAUGCUAGAAGAAGAAAACAAUAUAUUGCACAAAGAAAUAGCACAGCUGAAGAAACAGGUGUCGGAUCUAACGGCAACUAACGAAUUCCUUUUAGACCAAAACGCUCAAUUGCGUGUCAGCGGCAAGCGUAACGGUACCGUCAACGUACCAGCUGUCAGUUUAACCAACACCCCUACACCCCAAGUGAAUAGAACUGUUAUCGCUAGCGUGGCAACAGUUCCAGUGUCUUUGGCUACUGUUUCGACUUGUAAUCCUGUCUCGGGGAACCAUUCGGUGUCCAUAGCUGGUUGCCCAGCUGUCAGUAUGGCACCAGCCCAAAUUUUAGCAAACAGUCAACAAAUAUUGGUGACUACAAAUCCCACCACCCAACUAGCCAUCGCGAACAGCUCCCAAGCACAACUGGCCAUAGCUCAACAGAAUCUCGCUACGAACCUAGCCGCUGCGCAGCAAGCGGCGCAACCACAGCUGACUUCACAAGCGCAGCAGCUCGCGUUGGCCACCACUACGCAGCAGUUGACGUCGCAGGCGCAGCACAUGGCCAAUCAGCAGCUCGCUUUAGCCAGCGCUGCUGGAUCACAAUUGACGACUCAAACGCAGCAAAUAGCGUUGGCUAAUAACGCGCAAGCGCAGCAGCUGGCUUUGGCAGCAGGGACGAAUCAGCAGUUGACGUCUCAGGCUCAACAAUUGGCAUUAGCCAGUACCAACCAGCAACUAACCUCCCAAGCUCAACAGCUGGCACUGGCCAGCACCAACCAGCAACUCAACUCGCAGGCGCAGCAGCUCACCGUGACCAACGUCCCUCCCCAACUCGCGCUGGCCAGCACCAAUCAACAGCUGUUGGCCCAACAAAACCUGGCCUCCGAAAUCCACAGGAACACCCAGAUCAACGCGAUCAGUACGUCGCAAGCGAUCGCGAUGUCGAACGCUGCCUCCCAGCCGAUGGUCUCAUAUCCGAUAAUGACUCAAAGUAUUAACCACGCUCUGACGCAUUAGUUGACGGGUUUUGUGGAUUUGACCAUAGAUAUCAUUCCCAUUGAUAGGUUUUCUUAAGUGCAUCGCCCGCUUUCAGCAAGGAGGAACUCGUCUUUAUACACUCACAGACAAAAAUAUUGCGUAUACUAUGAUCGCCUGCAUCUUUCUAGGCAUUCUUCGCAGGUCUUGGAUGGCUACUUGCUAAAGUCGAUUCCAUUCCUAAUCUGCAGCAAUUCUUAAUUCUGCAACUGAGUUUGGGGUUGGAUUUCUUGUUCGUAUACGUCGUUUUAAAAUUUUCCAUGCGUGAUCUAUGGAAUUUGUAUCAGGACUCAUUGGUGGUCAGACUAGAGCCUCAAUUCCAACAUCCUCAAUAUAUUGUAUGACUGUUCCUGCGAAAUUAUCAUAACGUUGUUUGGGAGAAAUUGUGGUCAUGGUUUAUAAGUAUAACGGUAAAACUUACCUCCACAAAUGAUUAUAGCACGAUUGAAGGCAAGCAUGGUAAACGUUAUAGAUCAUGACUUAGGAAUAUAAAAACAAAAAAAAUACAAUUUCAUGUGGAACACUCAAAGAAAAAGUUAUAAGAAUAAUAAAUUCUCUUUGCUGAAAGUGAUGAUAAGUUGUUUUCAUUGUUUGUUUAUAGAUAUUAUGGCGUUUCUAUCUUAGUUGACACAUUUGACUCUUGUGCUACCAUGUUUACACCAAUGCCGCUACUUCAAACUAUCUCUUCAAGCAAAUUGAUUUUCAAAUCACUUCUGAUGAUUCAUUACUGCGAAUUCAUAGGUUUUCACAAUCUGCCAAUAGACACUAACCAGAGACUUGUUAAGCAAAGUGGGAAUGAGUGACUAGGUGAAUGGUGAAUCAAAACGAAGGGUAACGGAUGCCAUAAGCUUCUAGACACGUUUGACAAUCUAUACUUUGUUUCACGUUAAGAAUAGAACGUUACGCUUAUGGAGAUCAGUGUUGCCAAACCUCUCGGGCACGGGUGGCUACUCGACUGCCGACAUACGAUUCAUUCUAAUCAGUACGGCGUCGCAUCGGCGCUUCUAUCAUUCAUAAGAAAUACAUGGGGUUAUCUCCGCAAUGUUCUAUUCUUAACGUGAAUAGUAACGUCUAUAGUCACCGAAAAAGUGUAUUUGUUCUACUAGAAUGAAGAAACAAUUAAUUUUAAAUACUACACAAGAUGUCCCGGACGUGUUUAUGCCAGUAUUCGACUUUGUGGGCCUCCCUGCACAUUUGAAAAUGUUGUUUAAAAUGUACUUUGUCCAUAAUUGUUUGAGAAAUUUGUCUAUUUCUGUUUUGCACUGUUCGCAGUCAUCUAACUGACAGAUUUCGUAGACCUUCUCGGUUUCUUCUGUUUCUUGGAGUUCCUCGAUAAAGUUUCUUCACUUAUUGUCCUUGUGGCAUUCUUUCCACGCGAACAGUCUGUCUGCUCGUCACCAAAUGAUGUGUAUUUUUAUAAAACAAGUAGGUUACCUAUCAGAAGAUGCUUAUCCAUCUGUAUAAAAAGUUCAACCUUAGUCAUAUUUUAUAUUUUCAACAAUAUUUCCAUUUCUAGUGCUGUUGGACUUGUCCAGUUGAUGCUCUUUGAUUUUUAGGUGGUUCUCAGUGUUAAAUUUGCUUAGAUUACUACUUUUGCCCUAUGAUCUGUUCUGCUUCACUUUCAGUCCCUUAUUUCCUUUAC